UGAGUUGUUGUAAAUAUGACAUUGCGCUAGCGUGAGAUCAUAAAACACAAGACACCUGUUUUGUUCUCUCCUCACAUCUCGGCAACUUCUGUCUUCUCCAUAUAAAUACAGACACGCAUACAGAGAAUAUAAAAAUGGGUUCCAUCUUCAGUUCUACAAAAAAGACCAAAGAAGAAUUGGAGAUGGAUAUUAACAAGGCCAAAGAGCUCUCUACUUCUGCAUCCGUUGUCGUUUUCAGCAAAACCUACUGUGGGUAUUGCAAAAGAGUGAAGCAGCUGCUGUCGAAGUUGGGAGCUAGUUUCAAGGUCAUUGAACUUGAUCAGCAAAAUGAUGGAGAUGAUAUUCAAGCAGCUUUAGCAGAAUGGACUGGAAUUAGGACAGUUCCUAAUGUGUUUAUUGGUGGUAAACACAUUGGUGGAUGUGAUAAUACAAUGGACAAGCACCAGAAAGGGCAGCUUUUGCAUCUUCUUACUGAUGCUGGUGCUAUAGCUAACAGCUCCGCUCAGCUAUGAGCAGCCAACAAAGAAAUCCGCUCAGCUGUGAGCGGACAAUAAAGAAAUCUGGACGAUGACUGUGUAAUGAACUGAGAAUAAAAUAUGUUUCUUGUGUUGUGCAGCACAAACAGUUUGUAAAAUCAAGGAACAUCUGUUUUCCGACUAUGUUUUGAUCAUAGUUUAUAGUUAUACUACUGCGUUACUUGUUGCAA